AGAUGGGGGGAAGUUCUAGAGUAAAUUUCUAGGGUUUGAGGUGAUGACAGUAGCUAGCGGUGUGGGGUACACACUGAUCGCGCUUGGGCCGGGGUUUAGUCUCUUCUUCCUCUCUAUCGUGUCCAAGCCCCUUCUUAUUCUUACGCUCCUUGCAAGCACGCUGGUAUGGCUCGCAUCUCUCGUCGCGCUUGCGAUCGUUUGGAGGGGAUUUCUUCCUUUGGGUUCUUCCGAUUGGAUUUGUUUGCCACUCCUAGCUUCGUCAGUGGCUCUUCAGGAGUUUCUUAGAGUUCACUUCUGGCGAACUUUCAAGAAAGUGGAGUCUUCUCUAAAUGGUGUUGCGGUCAGGAUCUCGAAGCCUCCUCUUAGACCCAGUGAAAAGAUCGAGAUCGCCAUUGCUCUGGGCUUUGGCCAUGGUUUGGCUCACUCGAUCAUGUUUUGCUUGAGCCUGCUUACACCGGCGUUUGGACCCGGGACAUUUUACCUUCGCUCGUGUCCUCAAAUGCCAUUUUUUCUAGUGAUUUCUCUCAUCUCACUCGGAUUUCUAUUGAUCCACACAUUUUCAAUGGUUAUAUUUUUCAAAGGCUACGAAGACCACAACAGUGGCCUCCGAUUCUUCGUCCCCGCUAUGCACGCCGUGGCUUCCUCGCUGACUUUGGUGAAUCUCGUACAGAACGGGUGUGUAAUUGGCACUCCCCUCGUGAUGCUGUGCGCGGCACUGACGCUUUUCGUGUGUGGAAAAUCCCUGUGGCAAAAGGGGGACUAAACAGGAUAUUCUUUCCCAGAAAAAGAGGAGACAAUGGCGCUUGAAAUCGCGAACUUUUGGAUGCCAGGAACUUCGCAAUCAAUGUCCCUUUUUUGACAAAAUGUACCAUGGUUUUAAGUUCUAUAAUUCCCAUGGUAGAAAUGUCCCCAGGGUGAAAUAUAAAAAAGUGUGUGUGUUUUUGA